CACUGUAAACCGUUGUAUUAAUGAAACAUAGUCUAAAAAGGCGCGCCGAGUGCAUUCCAUCGUAAAUCAAAAAACACCAGUCGACCAGUUUGUUGCAUCAGUGUAUUAGUUUCGGCUGUGUAGUUGCGCUUUACACACAUAAAAAGCGUUUGCUGCGUUUAGAGGUCACCUUGAAACGUCAAAGCCGAAAAGCCUUUGGUGCUCGUCGACUACCGCCGCUGCUCGCUCGCUCUCGCAGCCAGUUACUAAAAAUCGUCUCGCAGGCGACGACGCAAACGGCAUCCGCAUCCGCAGCAUACUCAUUACAAAUUCUUGACAUCCCACAAAGUCUUCUCCACUUGCUCGGCUUACGAUCUAGUGAUUCAUUCAAAACCAAAUCGCCUGUGUGCGUGUGUGUGUGUGUGUUACUCUUUUGUUUUUCGAAUCAAUUAACUCUGCUAAAAAAAAGAAAGAAGUGAAUUAGUUAAAAAAAAAAAUGAAUAGUGAGAAUCAUCAACGUUUCCUUGCGCGCGGCUCGCAGCGCGACAAGGGUUUGGCCGUCUUCACCAGCGGCGGCGAUUCCCAGGGCAUGAAUGCGGCUGUGCGAGCCUGUGUCCGUAUGGCCAUCUAUUUGGGAUGCAAGGCGUAUUUCAUCCGGGAAGGCUACCAGGGCAUGGUCGAUGGCGGUGAUUGCAUUCAGGAGGCAAACUGGGCAUCUGUAUCCUCGAUCAUACAUCGUGGUGGCACCAUCAUUGGCUCCGCCCGUUGCCAGGACUUCCGUGAGCGCGCUGGUCGCUUGAAGGCCGCCAACAAUUUGGUGCAGCGUGGUAUUACCAAUCUGGUGGUAAUUGGCGGCGAUGGUUCCCUAACUGGCGCCAAUCUGUUCCGUCAGGAGUGGUCCAGCCUUCUGGAUGAGCUGGCAAAGAAUUCAACCAUUACCGCCGAGCAGAGGAACAAGUACAAUGUGCUCCACAUUGUUGGAUUGGUGGGUUCGAUUGAUAACGAUUUCUGUGGCACGGACAUGACAAUUGGUACCGACACCGCAUUGCAUCGGAUUAUUGAGGCAAUCGAUGCGAUUGCCAGCACGGCCUACUCACAUCAGCGUACCUUCAUCAUGGAGGUCAUGGGUCGUCAUUGUGGUUAUUUACCUGUUGUAGCUGGCAUUAUAUCCGAGGCAGAUUAUGUCUUUCUGCCAGAGCAUCCGCCUCCACAAGAUUGGCCCGAUAGACUCAUACUCCAACUGCAACAGGAGCGUUCGGCUGGUCAGCGUCUGAACAUUGUCAUUGUUGCGGAGGGUGCCAUGGAUCGCGAGGGACAUCCGAUUACUGCCGAGGAUGUGAGGAAGGUGAUCGAUGAGCGUCUGAAGCACGACGCUCGCAUCACUGUCCUGGGUCAUGUGCAACGCGGUGGCAAUCCCAGCGCCUUUGAUCGUGUCUUGGCUUGUCGCAUGGGCGCCGAGGCGACCCUGGCCCUAAUGGAGGCAACAUCGGAAUCGCUGCCUGUUGUCAUUUCACUGGAUGGCAACCAGACGGUGCGUGUGCCACUGAUGGAGUGCGUUGAACGCACCCAGGCCGUGGCCAAGGCCAUGAAGGAGCGUCGCUGGGCGGAUGCCGUUAAGCUGCGUGGUCGUUCCUUCGAACGCAAUCUGGAAACGUACAAGAUGUUGACGCGCUUGAAGCCGCCCAAGGAAUGCUUCGAUGAGAAUGGCAAACCGAUCGAAGGCUACAGGCUGGCUGUGAUGCACAUUGGUGCGCCCGCUUGCGGCAUGAAUGCGGCGGUGCGCAGCUUUGUCCGCAAUGCCAUCUAUCGCGGCGAUGUUGUCUAUGGCGUCAACGAUGGCAUCGAGGGUCUCAUUGCUGGCAAUGUUCGCGAGCUGGGCUGGUCGGAUGUGUCUGGCUGGGUUGGACAAGGUGGUGCAUUUUUGGGCACCAAGCGCACUCUGCCCGAGGGCAAGUUCAAGGAGAUCGCUGCUCGCCUCAAGGAGUUCAGGAUCCAGGGUCUGUUGAUCAUCGGUGGAUUCGAGAGCUACCAUGCCGCUGGCCAAAUCUCCGAUCAGCGUGACAAUUAUCCAGAGUUUUGCAUACCGAUCGUUGUCGUUCCAUCGACCAUCUCGAAUAAUGUGCCCGGCACUGAGUUCUCGCUGGGCUGCGACACUGGCCUCAACGAGAUCACCGAAAUCUGCGAUCGCAUUCGCCAAUCGGCUCAGGGCACCAAGCGUCGCGUCUUCGUCAUUGAGACAAUGGGUGGCUAUUGCGGUUAUUUGGCCACGCUGGCCGGCUUGGCUGGCGGCGCGGAUGCUGCCUACAUUUACGAGGAGAAGUUCUCCAUUAAGGACCUGCAACAGGAUGUCUACCACAUGGCCUCGAAGAUGGCCGAGGGCGUUUCACGCGGUCUCAUUUUGCGCAAUGAGAAGGCCAGUGAGAAUUACACCACUGACUUCAUCUAUCGCCUGUAUUCGGAGGAGGGCAAGGGUCUCUUCACUUGCCGCAUGAAUAUCCUGGGACACAUGCAACAGGGUGGCUCACCCACACCCUUCGAUCGCAACAUGGGCACCAAAAUGGCCGCCAAGUGUGUCGACUGGCUGGCAACCCAGAUCAAGAACAACAUCGAUGCCAACGGUGUGGUCAAUUGCAAAUCAAACGAUACGGCAACACUGCUCGGCAUAGUUUCGCGUCAGUAUCGCUUCAGCCCACUGGUGGAUCUCAUCGGCGAGACCAACUUUGAUCAACGCAUACCGAAGAAACAGUGGUGGCUGCGUUUGCGUCCCUUGUUGAGAAUCCUGGCCAAGCACGAUUCCGCCUAUGAGGAGGAGGGCAUGUACAUAACCGUCGAGGAGGAAUGCGACACAGAUGCCGUCGCUUAGAGUGUUGUUAAAUGCACAACAACAAAAUUACCAAUUAUCACGCCCAGUGCACUAAAGCAUUGCAGAAUCAAUGGUCAAUAUCAAUGUUUUAUUUUCAUAUAUAUACACUAAAAUCGAAACAGCAAUUCAUUUAUCUAUUAAUAGUUAAACAAUAAAAAUAAAUGUCUCAGCUCAGGUCAAAGUUAAGCACUAAGACUCAAAGAAUCCAUAUAUAAAAAAAAAAUGUAUUUCUCAUGCAUACAUCUAUCUAUACAUGUAAAAAAAAACCAUAUAUAGCAACAAUUAUUAUUUAUAUUUUUACCUAUUCUGUAAAAACCAAAAUUAUUUAUUUUAGUUUAUGUUUCUCGUUUUUGAGUAUUUCGAUUUAUUUAAAAAACACACAGAGCACACUCUCAAGAUUGUUUUAUUUUGCAUGUGAAUGACUUAAAUACAUAAGAUACAAACACAAAUGAAAUGUUCUACCUGGCGGAGCAAAUUCUGCAAUAUAUUCAACACACCGUUAGCAUGUUAUCAUAAUUGUUGCAAAAGAUAAAAAAAAGAACAUAUAAAUAUAUAUCUAAUGUUAUAAAUACAAAUAAAUCCAUAUAGUCUUGUCCAGAGAAUAUAAAUAAUGUUACACGAUUUUAAAGUUUAAACGAAAAUAUCGCAAAAUGCAUCAGUAUCCAAACUCAGUGUGAGGUUUUACAAAUUCAAAUAAAUCCAACCACAGUACAAAA